AAAAUUUGAUAGUUUAACCCCCCCAAAAAAAGAAAGGCAAGAAAAUAUCUCGCAAUAACAAAAGUCACGCGUGCACCCACUGCGUCCCCUUCGUUACAUUACUUUUUCGUCUCUCCACAUCCAUACAUCCUUCUAGGGUUCUGCCGAAUCUCCCCCGACCCCUGCCUCUCUUAAUCCGCCCCCAUCUUCACCACGAUGCAACCAGCAAAUUCCAUGGUUCCACCACCACAACAGUACCAGCAGCAGACACAGCAGUGGAUGACUCAGCAGCCGCUGCAGUAUCAGGUUCCGACGCCUCAGCAGCAAUCUGGAUAUUAUUACCAGCAACCGCCGCAGCAGGGCGGAGUUCCUCAACCUCAACAACAACAGCCUCAGUAUAACGCCUCCGGUUCUGUUCAGCCGACUACUGCUGAUGAGAUCCGAAGCCUUUGGAUCGGAGAUCUUCAGUUUUGGAUGGACGAACAGUACCUCCUCAACUGCUUCGCACAAACUGGGGAGGUGGUCAAUGCUAAAGUUAUCCGUAACAAGCAAACUGGACAGUCAGAGGGUUAUGGCUUUAUUGAGUUUAAUAGUCAUGCUGCCGCAGAGAGGAAUCUGCUAGCAUAUAAUGGGACCUUGAUGCCUAAUAUUGAGCAAAAUUUUAGACUUAACUGGGCAUCUCUUGGCUCCGGUGAAAGACGUUCCGAUAAUGCUCCUGAAUAUACAAUAUUUGUUGGUGACUUGGCAGCUGAUGUCACUGAUUACAUGCUCCAGGAGACAUUUAGGGUUAACUAUCCUUCGGUGAGGGGUGCUAAGGUUGUAACAGAUAGGGCCACAGGGCGCACCAAAGGUUAUGGUUUUGUUAAAUUUGGGGAUGAAAGUGAGCAGUUACGUGCUAUGACAGAGAUGAAUGGACAGUUUUGCUCGACCAGGCCCAUGCGGAUUGGUCCUGCAGCUAACAAGAAGGGUAUGGGUGGUCAGAGUCAAGCUUCAUAUCAAAGUUCACCUGGAACUCAAAAUGAGGAUGACCCUUCUAAUACCACUAUUUUUGUUGGGAACGUGGAUACCAAUGUAACAGAUGAGCAUCUGAGGCAGAUUUUUGGACAUUAUGGACAGUUGCUUCAUGUAAAAAUACCGGUAGGCAAGCGGUGUGGCUUUGUUCAGUUUGCUGACAGAAGUUGUGCUGAGGAAGCUCUACGGUCACUAAAUGGAACUCAGCUUGGUGGACAAAGCAUCCGUCUUUCCUGGGGUCGUAGUCCUGCAAACAAGCAGCAGCCUCAGGUUGAUCCAAACCAAUAUGGCGGUUAUUAUGGGUGUACACCUGGAUAUGAGGCGUAUGGUUAUGCUCCACCUACUCAAGAUCCAAAUCUAUAUUAUGCGGCGGGCUAUGCAGGAUAUGGGAAUUACACACAACCUCAACAACAGCAGCAAAUGUUGCAGCAGCCUCAGUGAUCUGCUGGUCGAAUGAAUUGCUGAGUGCUUCAUUGCAUGACUACUUACUAGCGUUAAAAGGGGAGCGCAGGGGAUUCUCAGUUGAAAUCCAGAUGUAGUAUAUUUCACUAUCUAUGGGUCUUGGAAACUUUUGUAGGCUAGUUCUUGGGGAUACAAUAUAUUUCACUACUUUUUUUAGUUUAUUGCCUGCUCUUUGUUUUUUUAUGUUUCAUAUCGCACUUUUGUUUCUUAGAUAUGAGAUCUACAUAUACUUGAAGACCUUGGAGAGGUAGAGGGCAUGUCUUUAUACAUGUGCUUGUUUGCUAUUCUGACAAUGAUUAAAACUUCAUUUUGGCA